AUGAAAGUGGAGGAGCUAAUAAUCGAUGGAUUCAAGUCGUAUGCCACACGUACUGUUAUAUCAGGCUGGGAUGCGCUGUUUAAUGCCAUCACCGGGUUGAACGGUUCGGGUAAAUCAAAUAUUCUCGACGCCAUUUGUUUCGUGCUUGGAAUAUCAUCGAUGCAAACGGUUCGAGCAUCAAACUUGCAAGACUUGAUUUACAAGAGAGGUCAAGCAGGGGUGACCAAAGCAAGUGUUACGAUUGUGUUUAACAACUCCGAAAUAUCUAAGUCACCCAUAGGGUUUGAGACUUGUGCUACAAUUAGUGUUACAAGACAGAUCAUUUUGGGAGGAACGUCAAAGUAUUUGAUUAAUGGACAUAAAGCACAACAGCAAACUGUUCUAAGCCUCUUCCAGUCAGUGCAGCUAAAUAUCAAUAACCCUAAUUUCUUGAUCAUGCAGGGUAAAAUCACAAAGGUUUUAAACAUGCGACCAAGCGAAAUAUUGUCAUUGAUUGAAGAGGCAGCCGGUACUCGAACUUUUGAGGAAAAAAAGGGCAAAGCCAAGAAGGUAAUGGCAAAGAAAGAUUCCAAGCUUAAGGAAAUUAAAACGUUACUAAAGGAGGAGAUUGAGCCAAAGUUUGAGAAAUUUAGGAAUGAUAAACGUGUUUACAUUGAAUUUAAAAACACAGAAACGGCUUUGGAGAAGCACAGACGUGUUGUGACCGCAUUUGAAUACUCAAAGCUAACUCAGUUAUUUACAAACAACUCUGAAUAUACAGCAAAGCAUGAGAAUAAAGUCGCAGAAUUACAUUUGGAGGUGGACAAAUUAACUCAUGAGAUAAACAAUUUGAACGAAGAUUUGCAACAGGUAAGGGAGGCAAGAGAGGCGAAUUUGAAGAAGGAUGGGAAAAUUAAUGAAUUGGAGCACCAAGAAGGUAAAAUUGCAAAUGAUCUAGAAAGAUUGAGGACUAAACGGGGAUUGACUACCGAAGAAUUAGGGAAUGAGGCCGAUAAAUUAGAACUGUUGAAGCAGAAACAGCAGGAUCUAGAGAGAUCCUUGAAAGAAAGCGAGUUUUCGUUUAAGAAUCACGAAGAAAUGCACGAGGCUUCGAAAAGGGAGCUUUCAUUAUUGAAGGAGCAAUUUGAAAGGAAACAAGAGCUAUUGGCAGGAUUGAGUACAGGGUUGUCUUCCAAAGGUGGUGUAUCUACAGGUUAUGCUUCUCAACUCAGUGACGUCAAGAAUAAGCUUGGCUCGUCUAAGAAUCAGAUCCAACAAAAUAAGCUAAAAAUCGAGCAUAUUUUUCAAGGUUUGAAAAGCGACGAGCCAAAGCUAGCUAAAGCCAAGGGGGAAUAUGACCAAUUCAUGGUGAGUGUAAAAAACCUUGAAAGCGAGAUUGAAAAUAAAGAGGCUGGGUUGGCCAAGGUCACGGGCUCUACUACAUUGAAUAUAGACAAGAUACGCUCAACAGAAGCUGAACUCAAAUCACAACAGGAAAAACUAUUGCGAGAAUUGAACUACAUGAAGCAAAACCUACGAGGUCUUGAUUUUUACUACGAAAGACCACAUCCGAAUUUUGACGACCGUUUAGUACAAGGUGUUGUAGCUCAGUUGUUUGAUUUGCCGGAAUCCUCAUAUGACAAGGCCAUUGCUUUGCAGACGUGCGCUGGUGGAAGGUUGUAUAAUGUGGUGGUUAAAACUAGUGAGGUUGCGUCACAAUUGCUCGAACGUGGCAGAUUAAGGAAAAGGGUCACAAUGAUUCCAUUGGAUAAGAUUAAUCCUAAUGUUUUGGGAACGGCUGUUGUUGAACGUGCGCAGCAGAUAGCCCCUGGUAAAGUUGAGUUGGCAUUAAAUUUGAUUGUAUAUGAUCAGGAUAUACACAAGGCUAUGCAGUAUGUGUUUGGAACCACAUUCAUAUGUGCCGACCCAGAUGCAGCAAAGAGAGUCACCUUUGACCCUCAGGUUAGGACGAGAUCAAUCACGCUUGAGGGUGACACUUAUGACCCGGAAGGAAACAUUUCUGGUGGGUCGCGCCGAAACAACACGGCCUUGUUGCUUGCCUUGAAGGAUUAUAAUAAAGUGCUUAAGCAGUUGAAUGUUGUGGAUGAUGAAUUGUAUCAAAUAAAGGAGGAAAUUGACAGCUGGGAAAAGGGGAUGCAAGCUACCAGUGGUAUGCGAAAGGAGAUUGAAAUGAAAAAGUAUGAAUUGUCCUUACUCCAAAGGAAACUUGAAAACAACCAAGCAUCGUCUUUCUUAAAGUCGAAUGAGGAGAGAAAGCACGACAUUGAAAGGUUGACUGGUGAAAUCCGUCAACUAGAAAAUGAUUGCCUGCAGUACGAAAAUGAGAUCACAGAAGUGGAAAAGGAUAUGCAGGAAUUCAAUAGCGACAAAGGAGGUAAGAUUUCACAAUUGAAGCAGGAAAUAAAGGACCUGAAGUCGGUUUUGGACAAGAAGCAAAAAGAGAUGGCAUUAGAGACAGAAAAUUUCCAAGUUUUGCAGUGGGAAACUGAACAGCAACAAACAGAAUUGAAAGACAUCAAGGCACAAUAUGUAACUACAGAAAAGAGCAUAAGUGAACUAAAGGCAAAGGAUCAAGCGGACGAGCAUGACCAGGUGAACUUAGAGAGAGGUUUGGCCAUCGUAAAAGCUCAAGUGGAAGAAGAGAAAGCCAGUUUGGCAGGAUUAGAUGAGGAGUUGAAUGAAUUGACAAAAAUAAUAGCUGCCAAAAACAAAAAAGCCGAAAACCUACGGGUCAAGAUUAAAAGUCUCAACUUCGAAUUGGAAAAAUCGCGCAAUGCCACAACCGACUUGCGGAAAAGGUUGGAUCAAAUAAUGAGUGACCAUGAAUGGGUAUUAGAUAUGCGUGCCGUCGAACAUGAAGUUUCUGAACACAGAAGUUUAAACUUCGACGAGGCCAAGGAGCAGUUGGGCCAAUUGGAAGAAAAAUUUCAAAGUAUGAGGCGUAAGGUGAAUGUUAAUGUGAUAAGCAUGAUUGAAGAGAAUGAGAAAAGAGAAGCAUCGUUGAAAUUCAAGAUCAAGACUAUUGAAAAAGACAAGACGAAGAUCGAGUCCACGAUUGAUAAAUUGAAUGGAGAAAUUAGAAAGGCGUUGAAUGGGACAUAUCAGAAGGUCUCGGACGAUUUUGGUCAAAUUUUUGCUGAUUUGCUUCCAGGUUCAUCUGCCAAGUUGGUUCCAGUAAAUAUGAUGGAUGUAACUGAAGGUCUCGAAGUCAAAGUCAAACUUGGGCCGGUUUGGAAAAACAGUUUAUUGGAAUUAUCCGGUGGCCAGCGAUCCCUUAUUGCAUUAUCAUUGAUCAUGGCUUUACUUCAAUUCAACCCAGCUCCAAUGUAUAUCUUGGACGAAGUUGAUGCAGCAUUGGAUCUUUCGCAUACCCAAAACAUUGGUCAUUUGAUCAAAACCAGAUUCAAAGGAUCUCAAUUUAUUGUUGUUUCAUUAAAAGAGGGUAUGUUCACCAACGCCAAUCGUGUGUUUAGAACCAGGUUCCAAGAUGGUACCUCCGUUGUGUCUAUUAUGUAA